AUGGGCCGACCCGAGUGCACGCAAUCGUGCGUCGUCUUGCCACGCAGCGUCGGUGGCCUCAUCGUCGGGAAGGGCGGCUGGCGGCUUCGGGAGAUCGAGACGACCUUCAACUUGCAGGUCUGCUACGUGGCCAAGCAAGGCGGAGCCCAGUACCUCGUCUGUGAAGGACGCGCGAUCGACGUCCAAGCCGCGCAAGCGAGCAUCAAGCAUACGAUCGCGCAAGCGCUGUCGACGACGGGAUCCCAGCGAACGUAUCUCUACGUGUACCGGUACGACGGGCCGUCGCUGCCCGGCGCGGUCCAGCUGCACUACAUCAACACCAUCCAUGGUCACACGCAGCGAACGAAUGACCACGCACGGCCCAUGCGACGCGCCCGCCUCGCCGGUGUCAAGUCGGUUGCCUUUGCCAACGAGCUGCGCGCGACCCAGCCGUAUGUGCACGCGGUUUUUGCCCGCCUCCCGAAGAUGACUACCGACUUGCGCAUCGGCGCGAUCCUUGGCAAGAACUUCAAGGUUGCGUCGAGUUACCGCGGCGCCACCGUGUCGGCCGCCGAGUGGGCCUCGCUGCACGCCACGACGCAAGACUACUUCAACCGGUACAUGCUGCAUACGGAACGUGCGCAUGCCGUACGCAUGUGGGCAACAGAGCAAGGGUACGUGCACACGCAGGUGGCGCUUCACGCGCUGCAGUACCGUCGUUUCGCCGAUGCGCCGUCGUACAAGACUCUCUUCAAGAAGCGUUGCGGUGCCCCAAAGUUGCCGUCCUCGUCGUUUCGUGUGCUCAAGCCCACCCGAGCUGUUGGCAAGCCGUCAGCUGGGCUCGCCAGCACCAUCGGCGUCAUUGCCAGUUCAAGCGCCAAAGUGGACUUCCAGCUGACGUUCCGUGCCAAGCCAGCGACAACUGCAACACCCAAGGCCAAGGCCCCGCCGGCAGCCAAGACAGCCGCCAAGUCAUGCCAAGAGAGUCGACCCGAGAAGGUGCUUUUCCAGAUCGUUGAGCGCUGGAGCAACGGCGACUAUACGAUCUCCAUCGAGCAAAAGCCGUCAAGCACCAUGGCGCCGUCGCCGUCCACGGACCUCUGGGCGGUGCACGUCGCACCCAGCAGCGCCGCCAUCGCCGCCAUGUGCUCGUCGCGCGACGCCUUCGCGGCCGGUGUCUACAGCCUCGAAGCAGUCGCCACGGCCAUCGUCGACGUUGUCGGGUAG